GAUGGUGAAAGGAGCAGACCGGAAGAAGAAGAAAGGGAAGGAGGAGAGGGAGAAAGAAAAGGACAAAGAAAAACUAACGAAGGGGAAGUCUUCCGAACUGGCAGAGGAGGCCCUGUCAGAAGCGGAGCCUGUGCAUUCCGAAGGAAAUCUGACGUGUCGGAUGGUGUCGGAACAUCAGGAUGAAACCACUCCAGACAUGUCCGAGGGCUCCGAGCGCCAUGGUCAGACUCAGGAUAUCUCGGCGGUUUUCUAUGAGGAGCCUAUCCUGACCAAGUUAAUAAUAGAGAGCUAUGAGGGAGAGACAAUACGAGGUCUUUACGAAGGUGUAGGAACUGCCCAUUUCCAAGGAGGUCAUGUUUACCAAGGCAUGUUUUCUGAAGGUCUUAUGCAUGGUAGAGGCACUUACACAUGGAAGAAUGGAAUAAAGUAUGAAGGAGAUUUUUCAAUGAAUACCCUUACAGGCCACGGCACCUACACAUGGCCUGAUGGCAGCGCCUAUGUUGGUGAGGUUGUAAAUGGAAUACGCCAUGGAAAAGGAACAUUCACAAGUACUGACCAAUUAAUUUCUUACACAGGAGACUGGCACCAAGCCAAAAGACAUGGGAAGGGCACCGUAUACUUCAAUCAAGAAGGGAGCUCGUGGUAUCAAGGUGACUGGGUAAACAAUGUCAGGGAAGGCUGGGGUACAAGGCGGUAUAAGAGUGGGAAUGUUUAUGAAGGGGAAUGGAAAGGCUUUCAACGCCAUGGAGAAGGCACCAUGAGUUGGAUUUCUACCAAUGAAGAAUACACAGGGCAGUGGCAAAAUGGUUUACAGCAUGGAUUUGGUACUCACACUUGGUUUCUGAAGCGGGUGCAGGGUAGUCAGUAUCCCCAGAGGAACCAAUAUGUUGGGGAGUUUGUAAUGGGAGCCCGGCAAGGGCAAGGCAAAUUCUACUAUGCUAAUGGAGCAGUAUACUCUGGAGAAUGGGUAGCAAACAGGAAGCAUGGUUUGGGGACAUUCACAUUGAAGAAUGGUCGUACUUUUGAAGGAAAGUUUAUUGAAGAUCGUAUGGUAGAGUUUCCUGAACUUUCAAUCACUGGAAUGAAGAUACCAGACCUUGGUACUAUGCAAAUCCAAUUGCCACUUGACACUGAUAAUAUCAAAACAGGUGGUUCAAAGGGUAACAUUAAAUCAGUUCUGGAACACAACGUGGAACUUGAUAUUGCUUCACUUUUGGAGGUGAUACCAAAGGAAGACAUACAAAAUGAGCUAAUGCAGUUAGAGUAUGCUACUCUUCGAUAUUUGUCAGAACUGAGGAAAAUAUACAGUUUCUACAGUAGCCUUGGACAUCAGCAAACACUGGAUAACACCUUCUUAAUGAGCAAACUGCAGUUUUGGCGCUUUCUGAAAGAUUGCAAACUUCACCAUUAUGCCUUGAGUCUGGCUGACAUGGAUAGGAUCCUUAAUGGAAAAUUUACUACACUGGAGGAAACUCACUCUCCAUUUGAUACAUUGUUGCUGGGGAAGUUCCUGAGCUAUAUUAUUAUCCUGGCAUACCAUAUUUACCACAAGAAGCAUGAAGGUCUGGGAUCAUUACUUGCUGCAUGUUUUUCUAAGAUCAUGACCAAUAAUCUUAUUCCUUAUGCCUGCAAUGUUAACGGGAAUUUGUUUCGAGAAAAUCAAUGUGUUGUAAUUGCACUUGGCUAUAUAAAUAAAUGUUGGGAGGUGUACAGAGUCUACUGUGAACAAACCCGUAGGCCACCCAAUACCAAUAUCAUGACAAUGAGACACUUUAUAUGGAUGCUUAAGGAUCUAAACUUAUUCAGCAAGGAUCUAACAGCAACCCAGGUAGUACAGAUCUUGUCUGAUGAUAACCCAGCAGUAUCUGAUGGAACUUAUAAUAACAUGAACAUUGAGAUGGUUUUCUUGGAGUUUUUGGAGGCACUUCUUAUGUGUGCAGCAGUGUAUGUGACUAAAAGAUUGCUCGAGAAUUCAGAUGCAUCUUCUAAAACCUCGUUAGAGGUCAAUGUAAUACACAUAGCAAGUGAUAUAUCUUUGCAAGUGACCCAAGCACCAUCAGAGCAGAUCAUAGCCCAAGAGUCAACAAUAGCAGAACCAAGUGAACAAAGCACAAAACCCACUACAAAGAAACGCGGGGAGUCCACUCGGAAGAAAAGUAAAGCCCCAGCCUCAUCAGCUGAGAAGCCUUCGAAAUCGUCUGCCCAUCAUGCAAAUCAUGGUAAAGCAGGGACAACCUCUGCAAAGAAUGCUGCAAAAGAUGAGGAACAAAGUCAAAAAGUAGCUCAGUCGGCACCUUCAACAGAUACUAACAAAAAGCAGUCUGCAGUCGCUCUGAGUGAAAUAGGUGAACACGACAAAGCAUCAGAAAAGGGUCCAGAAGAUAAAGCUCCUUCAGAAAAGGCCCCUCCAGAAAAGAUUCCAGAAGAAAACGUUCCUUCAGAAAAGGCCCCUUCAGAAAAGGUUGCAGAAGAAAAGGCCCCAUCAGAAAAGAUUCCAGCAAAAAAGGCCCCAAUCAAAUCAGGUGCUGAGUUGGAAUUCUGGCUGAGUCAAAUUUAUUUCUUCUUUAUGAAGAGGUUGUUUCCAGCCCAUGAUCAUGCUGAAGUUCUGAAAGUGGAGGCAAAGAGGGACAUGGUGCGACAGAAUGAGCUGACUCGCCAGGCUAUGAUAAAGGCUGCCACAAGAGCUAGAUUGAAAGAGGAAGCCAUGAAACAUGAGCAAGAGGACACUGAUCUGCUUCUGGUUGUACGUAGUCCUGGAGAACAAAGUGAAGAUGAUGAUAAACGCACUUAUCCAACGCAGAAGGUGAACACAGAAGGUGCCCAUUUAGUGCCAUAUAGAAAAGGUAGUGGAAUCAGAAAGAAGAAAAAGUCUGUAUGAGCAAGUUUUGUAUUAACUGGGGGGAACUUAUGAAACAACAAAAUUAUAUUUUCACAAUCGAUGAAACCAGACCAUCUUUUAAUUUUUUGCUGAAAUGUAAAAUCGAAUGUUGCUAAACAAAUAGUUUCUUUUGCAGCAGUUUAACUAUUGGACAAACUAAGAUCAAUGCACAAAAAUCUAUCUCAGUGCAAGCUGUGCUGUGAUUAAUAAUUAUUAGUACUCAAAUUCCUCCACAACUCCAUCCCCUUCCUUUUCUGUAACCUCCUCCAAUUCUACAAUCUUCUGGACGUCUGCAAUCCACGAUUUUCUAUGUUCUUGUACAUCCUUGAUUUCAAUCUCUACACCAUUGAGGCCACGUCUUCAGGUGCUUGGCCUGAGCUCUAGAAUUCCCUCCCUAAAUCUAUCUGUUUUUCUCUCUCCACCUAUAAGCCAAUUCUUAAAAAUACGUUUCAAAAAACUUUUGCUUAUCCGUUAAUUUUACUGUUGUCAAAUUUGAUUUGAGAUUGCUGCUUUUUUUGAUUUGUUAUUGUUAUUGAUAGAUUUUAAUUACUUGGCUUUAUUGAAAUGUUACUUUUUUGCAAAAUAAAUAUUUGAGGAGUGACAAGAACAUCACACAAAAAGUAGCUCCUUCUAUGGAAUUUUCAUUCUACUCCAAACCAAUGUCCAAUGCAAAUAGGAUUUGAGAGGGUUAAAACUUGAAAUGUUACCUCCUGGCUUCCACCAAAGUAACUUUUAAAUUGGUGACCCUUGUGCUCAGACAAGCUCCUAUUAAAUGUCAGCAGGGGCCUGGGGCAAAACGAUUGUUGGUGCAACGUAAUAUUAACGUCCAUUAUUGCACUGACUUCAGUCUAGGAGCACAGCACCAGCAGAAAAAGCCCAUUGAAUACCAGAGGCCCAGAUUCAUCUUGCAAAAUUACUGUUUUUAAAAUUUCUUCUUGUCCAAGAAGACCUGAGUGUUCACCCUACAUAGUGCAAGAAACCCUUGGGCCCUCUGAUAUCAACAAAUACCACCACUCCAGUGUCCUGAAUAUACACACACAAAAAUGCACGAUAAUAUGCUUGUAGAACUCUCACAUCUUAAUGUGAUAGAAGUUUUAAAAACCUGGGAUAUUUAUUUUAAUUCUCCUUAUGCCUUUCAAUUAAUUUUUACUUCACUAAAUUCUGCUAGUAUUGCACAUUCAGUUGCCCAAACUAUUGUAGUAGACAAAUGAACACUAGAGAUCACUCUUACUUCUUAGAUACCAAAAGGCUUUUGGGGCUAAUUUACAUAUCAAACAUCUUACUUCACUAGAUCAGAAGUUUAACAGGUAACAGAGACCAUUUGACAUUCUAACCUGAAGAUUCCAGAUAAGGAAAUUACAAUGUAUUUGCAUCCACCACCUGACUCAUUCUACACUCUACCUCUUAAAUGAAACAAUGGUGCCUUAACCUUUCCUUUUUACCAGAGUUUCUGUUUCCAAUCUAAAAAUUAAGAGUAAAAUCUUUCAGUUAUACAAUUACAGAACACUUCUGAACACAGAGGUAGGGUAGAAGUUUGGAAUUCAUUUUAUCAAGCAACUAUUAAGGCUGAAUCAAUUGUGACUAUUAAAAAUGUUUUUUUUGGUUAAUGACUGGUAAUAAGGGGCAAGUGGUUAAGUUAGGCAGAUGGAAUUUGGUCACAGGUCAAUCAUGGUUGAAUUUUAAACUUCUAUCAUAUACCAUGUAACUAUGACAUUGGAAGCUGUGCAAAAGAGAUUCAAUGGGCUGAUUCCUGCAUUGAAGGGCUUGACUUAUCAAGAAUGGCUUAAUAGUUUAGGUGUUUUCCAUGAGAGUUUAGAAGAAUUAAAUCUUAUUGAAACAUACAGGAUACUGAAGGAGCUUGACAGUAUAUAUGUUGACAUUUUUCCACUAGUGUGAAUGUCUCAAACCAGGGGGGCAUUCUUACAGAAUAAAUUGAAACUGAUACAAAAGAAUUUAUUUUCUCAGUGGGUAGCGAAUGUCUGUAAUUCUGUACCUCGGAGAGCAGAGGCUAGAUCAUUGAAACUAUUUAAAUAGGGGGUAAGUGGAUUUUAGAAGGGGAAUUGGAGGUUAUGAGGAACUGACAUGCAAGAACAUUUGAGACCUGGAGCAGAUCAGCUACAAUCUAUAGACUGGCAAAAAAAUAACUUGUGGGUGUAAAUGUCCCACUCCUGCUCUUAUUUCAUACGUUUAUCUUCAAAAUCUGGGAGACAGUGGACCACAGAUUUUAAAAAUAAUGAUGGAAAUCUAUGAAUGUUAUUUUGGACCAAGUACCGAUGCUGUUUUCAUUUUGAGACAAGUGGUACAUCAAGACUAAGAAAGCCAAUGUAACAUGAAAACUGAUCUAGAGAAGGCUUCUAACUGGUGUCUAUGGAUGAAGUAUAGAGGCAUGCUGGGAUUUGUAAAUUUUCUGAGAAAUAUCUACAAUAAUUACAGGACAUGUACAAGAAUGUACUAGAGGAAGAAACAGUGUGGAGGAAGAGAAUUUCAAAGCCAAAGUUGGACUAUAUCUAUAACUAGCACCAAACUCCUUCAUUUUCCUGAUUGCUACGGAUGUACUAUAAACUGAAAUGUCAUGGUUGAUGAAGUUUGCAUAUGACAUUGAGUUGUGUGUUGGUGAUAAUGAGAUUUUUUUUGUUCAUUCAUGAGAGAUGGACAUCACUAACUGCCCUGGAGAAGGUUGUGGUGAGCUACUUGAAUAGUUGUAGACAAGCACAGAUCAGCAGACCAAUUGUCCAUUAUGGGCACUGUCAGUUUGAGCUUUAGGAAGAAGAUUGGAGUGAAGCUGUAAAGAUCAACGGUAAAAACACAGAGAAUGUGAAUAGCUUAAAGAACCUGACAUCGGUCUUUUGACUACUAAAACAGAUUGCCAACUUGGCCAAACAGCAAGGGAACAA